CCGUAUGGUGUCGUGGCGUAAAUCGUAUGUUAAAGUCUGAAGAGCAACAUUGAAACGGCGAGAUAGGCUACUCAAGUACAUAGAGGUGGAUCAAUUAUCAGGAACAUUUUAGAUAAAGUGCAUUACCUGCAAUUGAAACUGUCUUCAAGGAAUAACGAUGAGGCGCGCAGGCUUGGGUGAAGGAGGCCCUCAAGGCAACUAUGUCGCAAGUGGAUACAGUGUGCAUGAGGAAGAGAAUGAACAUUUACAAGAAGGUCUGAGAGCAAAAGUCAGUGCUUUGAAGCAUUUGUCUAUUGACAUUGGGGCAGAAGUAAAGCAUCACAACCAGAUGUUGCAAGAAAUGGACUCUGAUUUUGACUCAACGGGAGGUUUACUAGGAGCCACAAUGGGCAGACUGAAGCAGUUGUCUAGAGGAAGCCAGACCAAAGUGUUUUGCUACUUGUUGCUCUUCGCCCUUUUCGUCUUUACGAUUUUGUACUGGAUCAUUAGAUUAAGGUGAUGAACAGAGACCUGCUUGUCAUGCUCUCCUUGCGUGCCAUGUUGCUUUGGAUCAGGUAAAACAAACAAACAAACAAACAAACAAAGCAAAAAACAAUGGGACUGAUGAUGGUGAUAACAGAUUGCCAUGAGCGUAUUUUUUUAUCACAAUGAAACCUUUAUGUGAAACUGUGCAAUAUAGCCUAAGGAAGUGUCUUAACCCUACCAAUAUGAAUAGGUGUACCGUAAUAAUACCGCCCUGUCUAGUAUUCCACACUGUAGGAUUACACGUCUGGUAUGGAAUUGUAUUGGAGGUUGAGCUACAUAUAUUCAGUUUGGGAUAAGGACUGGGUCAUGAGUGCUGUUGAACUUCCAAGUUGGUCAGGCUUUUUUUUUUUUUUUUUCUAAAUCAGCAGAGGCUCAGACAUAAUUGUAUAUUAAUAGGACAGCAUCUUUUUCAAAUGUAUUUAUAAUUUAGAAGCAAAAGGCUGAAUAACUUCAGACAUUGACAUGUUAUGGCAAGCUGUUCCUACUUCAUAAUUUGCAAAAUGUCUUUAAAAUCAGUAUGUGGCCUGUCCACAAUAAUGUAAGUGCUAAUGUAAGGAAAACAUAACUGUAGUGCAACUACACCCCCCUACAGAUGACUGGAAAACACAAUACUGUUUUGAUAUUGUGAUUCCAAUUUUAUAUGAUCACAGAGUGUUGUGCGAAGGGUUAUUCCACUCUGUGGUCAGUCACAUGCAUGUUUCUGGAUCUCUAGGACACUUCUAAUUUUUGGGUUUGGAUUCAAAUACCUUUGUUUGAUUUGGGUUAAUUUUAAUCUGCUUAAUGCCUCAGGGCUUCUCACAGCUGAAGGGCCUAAAUUUGGAUGCUUUUUCCUGGUGUAGUAGCAACUCUAUUGCCCAAACUGCAACACCAGUAAAACAGUUGUAAAACAGUGCAUGUGAUCCAUCAAAUUUCUCUGUAAAUGUCAAGUUGUAAAUAAGAGGAAAAAUGAGUUCAUUAAACAUUUUAUGUGUAA